AUGUCGACGGAGGCCGAUAGUCUUCGGCGCUCGAAAAGGAAUAAAUUCCAUUUGGAUGUCGCCGCAAUGCAUCUAGCACAUCCAGAACGAAGGCGCACUCAACCGGGCCGUCUCACUCCCUCACCAGAAAUCCUAACUAAUCGUGCUUCAUCUCUUAGUCCAGCCGCUCAAAGUAGUCCAGUAUCAUCAGAACCCGGUGAUGAAAAGCCUAGAAGAGUUCGAAGAAUCCCCGUUAGAAAUGCCAGCUACGUCUACGACGACUCCGAUGAUGAUGACUGUCGUCGUGGUUUAGAGGGUACAAAUUUGUGUGUGAAAUGUCCAGCUAGAUUCGAAACAAGACCUGGUCUUGCAAAUCACUUUAAACUACAUUUUGGUGAAAAACGCAAAUUCGCAUGUGAACUUUGUGAUUUCUCGGCGACUACAUUAAAAUCAUUACGAUUUCAUCGACGUGUUCAUGAUCGAUUCGGUGUUGGUCCGGCAACACUAACGGAUCCACAUGGAAAUGGAAUUAUUACAGUUGGGGAUGUGCUCCAUUGCGAGACUUCACUUGGACUUGGGCUUUAUGGAAACUCCUCACCACCACAACUUUCUCCACCGGCACCAUUCAGCGUCGGUCUAUUAAGAAGUAACACAGAACCAGCACACUUAUCUACGUUGGCAUCCGGCUCUGAUUCACCGUCCCGUCAAACGCGUAGAAAUCCCGGACCGCCCCCACCUUUGACACCUCCUCCGAACCUUGUUCGGGCUACGAACACGGAUAUCGUUCCUACGCGAGACCUUUCAAGUCAUCCUAGAAAGUGCACGAAAUGCCCUUAUUCAGCAAAAACUACUGCCAGACUAAAGAUUCAUAUGAUUGGACAUCAGAAGCAGUGCGGUUUUCAGUGUCCAUUCUGUUCCUUCAAAAGCGAAUCAGCUGGUUUUUUGAAACGGCACGUUGAUAUGCAUGGUUGUGCCUCGUUCGCAUGGCCUCCGGCUUACGUUGGUAUUUCCCCGCGGAAAUUAGCUUUAAUAGCUGGUGGAGCGCAUUCUCGAUGCAGAUCGAGCAUGAAAGUACUGUUUCUACAAAGUGCUUUGCGACAUGCUUCAAGUGGAAAUUCAAAGAUAUGGUCUUGUCCUGUAUCGAACUGUAAUUUCGCAGCAUCUGCAGUCUCUCAGCAAGUGGUACACCAUAUAAGGAGACAUGUUCCGACGAGACUACGCCGAUUUCUUCGGCACAUCUGUUUAAAGUGUGGAGUUUGCAUGAGUUCAGCAGGUGCCCUAAGAACUCAUCGAAUAACACGACAUACUAAGCGACAUCAUCCUCGAGCUUUGCAGCAUUUUAUGCGAGAACGGGUUGGAUAUAAUUACAAGAGGAACUUCAAGAAGCCCAAGUUUGAACUCAAGGAAGAAACGGAAUGUCAACCUCCACCACCACCACCGCCACCUCCUCCUCCUGUUCUAAUUUCCACCUUGAAACCAGAAACAGUAAAGAUAGAAGCUACAGAUUUAGUCUUACAGGCGAUUCCUAUCUGUACUGAGAGCUACAGCCCUGAGGUGAAGCCAAAAGCGUUUGAAUUUUGUUGUUCUUUGUGUCCUUAUGGAACAUCAACUCGUUCGAAUCUCUUACGACAUGAAGCUAAACAUCAAGUGAAGGAUCUGUUUCAGUGUCCUCAUUGCUCGUUCUCUGGAAGAACUCUUGAAUUUAUCGAGAAACAUCGUCGUCUACACCAAUCACCUACUAUUGUUACGGCUACAGCUGCAACACCUCCUUCGCCGAUAGUUCAUGGACAACCGGUAGUCUUCGUUCCUGUUUCCACAGUGAUUCCUCAAUCGCUCACAAUGCCGCUCUCGAAUUCACCGCCUGUAAUUGCGGUUUCGUUGUCAACGUCAGGUGGAGGACCUAUUACGGUCCCCUAUAAUGCAGUCGCUGCACAUCUUCCUAUAUCGCUGGCAUCGGUUAUUCCUGGUAUUCGUGAACAAACACUACCAUUACCUACACCUAUUGAUCAUCUUUCAUCCGAGCAGAAAGUGAAAGGAUUGACACGUCGAUCAGCCACUGAGCCAUCGUUAAGGUUCAUUGGUUCGGAUGGUAUUAAAAGACGUCGUUGCCCACUAUGUCCCUAUACGUCAAAGUUUUCAUGUGAUAUGCGAUCGCAUAUGGAAAUGCACACAAUGAACGCUCGAUUCAAAUGUUCACAAUGUACAUAUAGCACGAAACGUGCAGUGAGCUUACGCUCUCAUUUAGCGCUUCACACUGAGGAUAAUGCUGUUCGGGCGAAAUCUGGCAAAACAACCAACGUAACAGUUCAAAAAGUGUUGAUUGGAAUGAAAAAAGGUCGAGGAUUAGCCGGAUUCUAUAACUGUGCACAUUGCCCUUUUGUGACACGAAUAUGUGCGGAAUUAUGGAGACAUGCCAGACAUCAUUUGACAAAUGCGAAAGGUUUUAAUUGCUCCUUAUGCUCAUUUUCUUCGAUUAGUUUGGAGGUAAUGGAAGAGCAUCAGUUACUGCAUCCUGAAGGAGCUGCUUUUAUUCGGCAAAAUCUGGUGGAUGAUGAGGACCCUGCUUCGACUCCAGUAACUCCAAAUUGUGUGGAAUUAAAGUGCGACGUAUGUCCAUUCAAGACAACUAUCUACCAGAGAAUGUGGAAUCAUAAACAGAAGCAUAAGAAAACAUCGAGAUUUGUAUGUAGCAAGUGCACGUUCAGUACUGGUUCUGAACUAUGCCUAGAGGAUCACAUGGUUGUGCACAGUGAACCUGGUAGCGGUGUGGAUACUGGCGCUGCUCCAAGCCCUACCGCUUCAGCAGAAAUCGCUCAAAAAUCAAGCAGCGAGAAAUCGGAAAGUCCUGAUUCACAGAAAGCUCAAGGAAUGUUCGACAGCAGCAAAGAAGGAGAUGGAACUGCUCCAUCCUCGGCGGAUGUUACCUCCAAUAGCAGCGAUCUUAAGGUGCCAUUAUCCAUCAAGAUUGAUAAUGCUUUACGGAUAAUGCGUCCCACUAAAGAAGUGCUUCCGGUUCUUAAACGUGGCAGAAACAACGAAGUUCGCCGACAAUGUCCAGACUGUCCAUUUGUGGAAUCCGAUGAAAUGAUAUUCAACAUGCACCGUGAAAUGCAUGGUGGACGUACACGUGCAUUCGCAUGUAACCUAUGUAAUUAUAGUUGUUUCGCCGCUGAAGCGCUUCAUUGGCAUCUUUCGCUGCAUCUUCCACCGCUUAGUCCUGCAAGUGCAGUUCUGCAAAGGAGACGUGGCUUCGGUCGCCGGAGUUUCCAGACAUCUGACCCUAUCCCUCUUGGUGCAAAGCACUUUUCUUGUACACAGUGCUCAUUCCGUACUGUUAAUGAGACAACGUUCGUACAACAUAGGCAGCAACAUGCACAGCACAUUCAACAACGUCUAGUCACACAAAUGAAACGUGCCGCCACUGAGGAGGAAAGUAGAAAGAGUUCAAAGAUGAAACGAGUCGCGAAGAAAAGUGACAAGAUGCAUUCAUGCGUGAGAUGCGCUUUUCGAUGUGACACAACGGUGGCUUAUUCGAGGCAUCUCGAAAUGCAUACUCAAAAUGCGCUUUUCAAAUGUCGAAUUUGUGAUUAUUCUGCGAAUACAAAGAAAAUUGUCGAUUUCCAUGAGCAAAAUCAUCAUUUGGAUCAAUCGAUAACUCAGUUACGAAGGAACGCGAUUCUUGCACCAGAUAUUGUUCAGUUGGAGGUUUCCGCUACGGAUGAUGAACGAGCGAGAAUAGCUGGUCAAGAGUUCCGCUGUAAACGAUGUAAUUUCCAUACACUCGAAAUUUCAACUCUUGCCAAACAUUUCGAACAACAUCAUGGUGAAACGGAAGCGGAUCGAGAGAUUGCGGCAGAUCUUCGUAUGAAUCUGGUGCCAGCCAACAGCAUUCUUACGACCGCAUGA